CCGCACGUGUGUCUAGCGUGCCUUUACAUCGAGUUCCAAGUAAUCGUUUCCGAUAAAACUCGAUAUAAAUCUUUGAGAAAAAGUGAGAAUUUGUUUUAAAAAAAGUUUGUGUCCGUUUGUGUGUUGCGGACAUAAACUUGUAUCUAUUAAACACUGUGAACCAAAUUUAGUGAUUAAAACUGUAAUUGUUAUAAUUUUACUUCCUCGAUAGAUUAAUUAGAUAUUACAUGGAACCGGAACGUAUUUAAUUAAGCCAGGAAUUUAUUAGAUCUACUGCUGAUAGGAUAUGUAACAACUUUAAUAAGCUGGAUGAGACCAGAAACCCUGGAGUCGUCCCUGUCCAUCUGUCGCAACACAAAGGCAAGUGUGUACGCUAUGAAUGAUCAGACUUUUCAUACGCCAUCUUUCGGAGACGAAGAGUUUGAUAUUCCGUUGAUCCACGGACAGCAUGCUGCAAGUGGCGGAGGCCAAAACUCACACAUACAAUACUCCCAACUACACCACUCUGCGCCUCAGGUUGGUAUGAUGAAUCCGGCUCAAGAUGGAUUAGCUCCGCCUGGUGGUGCUCCUUCAUAUCAACAACCUUUAUACUUGCAAGAACCACAUACUCCUGUCACUUCUCACAGUAACGCUGCUGCUCCAGCAGGUAAUUAUAUGAUCCAGCAACAGCCUGGUGGUCAACAACAGUUGCUCAUGCUGCAACCAACUCAAGUAAUGAGUGGUCCACCAACACCUAGCACUCCAACCCAGCCUGGACCAGUUUAUGGAUCUCCACAGAGAGCCUCACCACCAGGAACUACAAGUGAUGACUCUGAUGAUAGUGUGCCUUCACAUCAUUCUCAAUUGCCUGGUGAUGCGGAAAGCCUUCUGCCUAUCCAUUAUUGCUCAGCGAGCCGGCAGCAACAAACUACGCUUCAUCAGAUUGGUGUAAGCAACAUGGGAGUUAAAAGAUCUUCACCAGAGCCAAUGGAUAAUGGAGUAACCCGUGGACAAAUGCAGAAAAAACCUAAAGUACAGAAAAAGAAAAAAAAAAGAGACCCAAAUGAACCACAAAAACCUGUGUCGGCAUAUGCUCUCUUUUUCCGAGACACACAAGCAGCUAUAAAAGGACAGAACCCAAAUGCAAGUUUUGGUGAAGUUUCUAAAAUUGUUGCAUCCAUGUGGGAUGGCUUAGAUUCUGAACAUAAAAGUGUUUACAAACAAAAAACAGAAGUAGCUAAGAAGGAAUAUCUGAAAGCGCUGGCAGCAUAUCGAGCCAGCUUAGUAUCCAAGGGUGGAGAACAAGAAAAUCAAAUAAUGUAUAAUCACAGCAAUGCAAAUGCUAAUUAUGGAACCUACUAUCAAGGCCAACAAUAUAACGGACAUGCUCCACAAGGUUACGCACCAAAUACAACCCCACAAGGCUACACACCUCAAAGUUUUCCAGGAGGUCAGGCACCGCCUACAUAUACUGGAGCCCCACCCCAAGGAUAUCCUACAAAUGCGCAACCGUCACCUCAAGGCUACCAAGCAAAUAUGGGACAUAACCAACAAACAUAUCAGGGAGUCCCAGGGCAAUCGCCACAAGGCUACCAAGUAAAUCCUGCAAAUCCAACCCAGUCAUGUCAACCUAACAUGGCACAGUCACCAAGAAGCUAUCAGCCAACCCAAUCUCCAAACUAUGCCACAAAUACAGGACUUUCGCCACCAGCCUAUAGACAAGUGCAGUCUCAAUCACCACCAGUGCAAGCUGUACAUGCUGCCAUGCAGUACCAUCAUUCCCAACAGAUGCAACAAGCUCACCAAGUACAACAAUAUCAGCAACAACAAUCCAAUCAACAUCAGCAACAACCACAAUUGCAACAUCAACAACAAGCUCAACAACCACUUCAACAUCAGCAAACGCCACAGCAACAGCAGAGCCAACAACAGACUCAACAUCAUCAACAGCAGCAACCACAACAACAAAAUCAGAAUAAUGGGUUAAAAAGUGAACAACCUCCCAAUAACAAUAUAAAUUCAAAUUCUGGAAUGCCGCACCAGUCUCCAGAGCAAAAUGAAAAUGGAAGUACACCAUCAUGUAUACGUCAAGGCUGUACUAAUCCUGCCAUUUCUAAUAGUGAAUGGGAGGAUGAAUAUUGCUCCAAUGAAUGUGUUGUUAGUCAUUGCAGGGACGUCUUCAGUUCAUGGGUUGCAUCCAACACCAAUAAUCAAAUGCAAAAUUUUUCUGCUGUCAAGUGAGAUUCUAUACACAUAACAUAUCAAGAUGUACAGUAGGUUACAAAACUUUAAAAAUAAUAUGAAAGUUACUAGUGUAAUACUUUGCCUUGUUAUGGUUAUUUAUUAAUUCAUUAGUAAAAUUGAUAAUAAUGGUCUCAGAUCACAGUUGGAAAUUUAAUUACCAAUUUCAAGCCAAAUGCAACAGAAAUUUGCAUAUUUAAUUUUGAAAGCAUAUAGUGCCUUGACAAAUAACCACAACUAUACAUCAAUAUAAAUAUUUUAAUUUAGGUAAAAAGAAACAAUCAAAUUUAUUUCAUUUAAAUAAUUAUCUGGGAUAUACAUUAAUCAGAAUAAAAAUUAAUUCAUGAUAAAAAUAAGCUUAACUAUAUGUAUUUUAUUAUAAUCUCAGUAUCAAUAUGUAUCAUUGAAUCCCUUAAUAUACUUCUUUGUAAUACACAUAUUUAAACUUAAUGAUUGAAUUGGAAGUACUAAAAAAUAUUUCCAAUUGAAAGCUAACCUUAAGUGAAAUUUAUAUAGCAUUAAUAGGAUAUUUUAGUAAGAAUGAGUAUUAAUGUAAUACAAAAUGAUGAGUAUUUUAUUGGUUAAUAUUUAACUAUGUUUCGCCUUAAAUACUUUUUUGGAGACAUUAAUUUAAAAUAUUAGCGAAGUAAGCUUGAAGAAACGUAAUUAUGCUAUUAUAUUAAAGGAUAUGAAAUUAAUAAUGUAAAACAAUUGAAAUGAAGAUCUUUUAUUAAAAUGUAUAUAAUAAAGUGUUGAUUUAAAAUGUUAUAGUUGGAAUGAGAGUGGUGAAUGUUAGAGUAUGAAGGUAAAAAAAAUAUAUUACCUACUCAAACACAUUAGUUAUUCAUAAAAUGUAUUCAUGAUAGCAAUACAAAUUUAUUCCUUUAGAAGUUGUGCUUAGCAUAGGAUAUAGCUGGACCAAAAUUUCCUUUAUAUUCAGAACAACUGAUACUAGUUUAAAAUAAUAUGUAUUUCUUGUUCCAUUGUAUAUUCAGUAAGUUACAAGUGUAAAUAAAUCCUUGCAAUAAUAGAAAUAGUGGACAAAUAAGAAAAUGUCAUAUUUCAAUUUUAUGUAAUUUAUAGUUAAUCAAAAUAGACUAUGUACUAUUUCCUUAAAACAAAAUAUCCUUAUGUAUUGUAAAAUAAUUGUGUAUAAAAUGUAACUAGAACAAUUAUUUCAUUAAA